UUCACCGGGGUGUGUGAUUUGCUCUUUUGGUACCAUACUUUCCGGCGUCAUAGAUUUAGACUUUAUGUUUAAUUUCCGCUCCAGUAAAUAGUUUGGCGGCAUCUCUUUGUAUGUAUCCUUACCGUUUCAAAAUUGACCAAACAUUAUCAAGGUUUGCAAACAUGGACGGAAAAAUGUAAAAUCACUAUUUCACCCUUAAGCUAGCUCUUCCCGGUCACAGUGGCCGGAGAAUAGAGGACUGACUGAAAUGCGCAUGCAGAAGGCCGACUAGUUUCGUUACGAUGCCGAAUGGUUUUGUUACGAAGCAGCUCUUCCCGGUCACAGCGGAGUGAGGACGAAGGACUGACGCGUGCAGAAGACUGGCCGGUUUCGUUACGAGGCAGCUCUUCCCGGUCACAACGGACGAUGGACGGAGGACUGAUUGAAAUGUGCAUGCAGAAGGCCGACUGGUUUAGUUACGAGGAGCUCGGCCUUCUGCAUGCACGUUUUAGUCAGUUGUGCCUAGAGGACGGGCCAGACGCAGCAGAGCGACGACCCGGGAGCGGAUUCCCCACCGGCAGGGGGACAGGAGACGGCCAUCUCGAGGCACAUCACGACCUACAGGCAACACCGGCGAGACCCGGGAAGGCAACCCGAUUGGGAGUCAGAGGAUCCAUAGUACUUGCAGCCUCCCGUUCGUUGAUGCUUCCAAUUGCUCCAUGUGACCUUGAGAGAAGUAGAAAACCCUCUCGUUCGUUUGAGGAAUGCCAAUGGUAGCUAUCUCCACACGCCAUGAAAUCAGGUGCCAAAGCUCCCAGUAUAUAGUUGUGAAAUCACUGAGACAAGGGCUUUUUUAAUUCGCUGGCUCCUGAGUUCAAAUGCCUGGUAACAAAGUCAAAUUGCUUCCAUUUGAAUGGAAAAAAAGCAGAAUCCGCAACUAUUGAAGAGCAGAUUUGACUGUCUGCUUGGGGGUAAGGGAUCUCUUUUCAGCAACGGAAAAAAAAAAUAGAGCAGAUUUGACUCGGCACAACCUAAUGUGCUCUGUGAGGAAGUGAAUCAGAAUUUGUAGCUAUUGAAAAUAGUUUGUUUGGCUUUCACUUUCCCGGGAUCUCUUCUGUUGCUUGAAUAACUGGUGCUGAUGGAAUAGACGUUGCCACUGCAAAUCUGAUUCGGUCUCUCCGUCAGCCAUCAAUAUAUCUUGAUCAGUAUUCUCUCGUUUCUCCAUCAGCCAUCAAAAUCCAAAUUUGCUCCUCCGAGGAUUACAACUACACACCUACACGACCCUAGGAAAAUGGUUUUGUCGAACAAAAAGCUCAAACAGAAGCUAAGAGCGGAACUUGCAGAGUCUUUAGCAGCAAUAGUAGCUGGAACCCCUUCAAAUGGAUCCAAGAAACAGGACGCCAAAUCGCAUUCUCAGUCGUUAAGAGAGCUUUUGAGCUCGGUGGCUCAUAAGCCUAGAUUGUCAAAGAGAGAGAAGAAAAGAGAAACUUUGUCUUUACAGGGUUCAAAACCCGUUGAAGGAAGUAAUGGUGAUAAUACCCAGAUAGAGAACAAUGGGAUUGCUUCAGAGGUUCAAAAUGACAAGAAGAAGAAAAGGAAGAGAAAAAGAGAUGGGGGUGGGGAUCAGGAGCGAGAGAAUGGUGUCUCCGAAUCGGCAGAGAAGAAACCCGUAAAGAAGCCCAAAAAGAAAAAGAAGAAGAAGAAUAAGAAGAAGAGAACUGAAUCUGGAGAUGGAGAAGGGAAAGAGGAAACCGUAGCAGAACCGGUGAAGGUCAAUGAUAGUCAGGAAAAUGGUGAGAUGACUCGAAAAGUUUAUGUAGGAGGCAUCCCGUACUACUCAUCCGAGGAUGACAUUAAGAGCUUCUUUGAAAGCUGUGGCACCAUAACUGAAGUUGAUUGUAUGAGGUUUCCUGAGAGUGGGAAGUUCAGAGGAAUUGCCAUCAUUACUUUCAAGACUGAAGCUGCAGCAAAAAGAGCCUUGGCUCUUGAUGGAGCUGACAUGGGUGAACUUUUUCUAAAGAUCCAGCCUUACAAGACAACUCGGGUUCAGAAGUCAUCAGAUUUUGCCCCUGAGAUUGUAGAGGGCUAUAAUAGGAUCUAUAUUGGAAAUUUGUCUUGGGAUAUGACGGAGGAUGAACUAAGGAAACUUUUCUCAGAUUGCAAUAUAUCAUCAAUACGCUUAGGCAAGGACAAAGAGACUGGGGAAUUCCGUGGCUAUGCACAUGUUGAUUUCUCUGAUAGUCUCUCUCUAACAAUUGCUUUAUCACUAGACCAGAAGAUGGUGUGUGGAAGACCAGUGAGGAUAAGAUGUGCAGUUCCAAAGAAAGAGCCAGAUAACCAUCCAAAAUUGGAAUCCGGAAGCAAGAAGGCAGAAAAAAGCAGUGUGAGCUCCGGCAAUGGGAAAAAGAAGAACAAGAGACGGACAUGCUAUGAAUGUGGUGUUCCAGGUCAUCUUUCCUCAGCUUGUCCUAGGAAGAAGGCUGUUGAUCAAGAGAAUUGUCCAAAAUAAAUUCCUUUACUGUUGAUCAAUUUUCCAAAUCUGUCACUUGAUGAGGAUCCUCGAGUUUUUGCUUUGUAGGUCUGUAGUAGAGCCAUUCAAAUGUAUUUAUUUGUUCAAUCAAAUACAAAGGUGGAAGCAAUUUAUGGUUUUUUGGUUGUCUUAGAUACAGAUCUUUGAUAACCCUGGAAUUGACAAUCCCCCCUCAUUUUUCUCCUUUUAGUAGAGCAUUUAAAACUAA